AUGGUUUCCGUUGUGUCAGUUGAGGAAAGCGAAAAGAAGCUGAAACGUUUUCUAUGCCCGCUAGCGUUCAAUACCACUGGCAUCAAAGGAAAGCCACUAAAGGAUAUCCUCCAAGACCAAAAAAUUCCAAUGAUCUUUUUUGACAAUCGCAACGAUUCGGAUGCCUUAUAUGCACAUUUUGGCGUGGUACUACAAGGGUUAGAGGAUGUUCAACUUAUGGAGAGUACUACGAGGACGACUACAAGUUCUAGGAAGUUCCUGAACCGUCUAGCCAAAUGUAUUGAGCAGAGCGGGUUGGAUAACCGCGAUCUAAAGAGUUGGAAGCUGGCAAAAGAGAAAGGAGAGCGAUUGUUUAAGCCUGAACUUGGUGGUUCCUACGAUGUUUUUGAACAACGACCAAUCUGCAACGAAAUCAUCUCCUAUUGGGUUGGGGAUGUCCAGCAUCUGCCUAAGUUGUGGAGAAAAUUCCAUUCGAGAACCAACAGGUGGCGAGAUCUGGUUAAUGAAGAAACCAAGAAGCCUGUUGAGGCGUCUCAGACGCCGGAACUACCAACCUCGCGGGCCGGAUAG